AUGGAAUACCUUCUUUCUACAGUUGCGUCAUGCAGUCAUUUAAAGAAAGCCUACUCUACAGCAACAAGUGGAAAUUACGAUAUUGAUCCAGAUGGCGAGGGAGAUCUGGAGCCAUUCUCAGUGUACUGUGACAUGGCAGACAAUAAUGGAGUUGGCGUUACAGUCAUUAGUCACGACAGUGAGAGCAGAAUUUUUGUGCAUGGAUUUGAAGAUGCAGGCAGCUACUCACGUGUCAUUCACUACACUGGGGCGAAUCUGUCUCAACUGGCCAGUCUUACCACAGUCUCGUCUCAUUGCGAGCAGUUCAUCAAGUACGAGUGUUUAAAUGCAGUGAUGUACCGGUGGAGUAUAGUAAAUUAG